GCGGAGUGAUUUACAGUCGGAAAGGUCCUAACUAGAGACAGGCAGAAGGGAUCGAUAACAAACCAGAACAGGCGAAGUAUUAUGACUGUUGUAAUAGGCGGUUAGCUGGCCUCUUAACUUCUACAAGCCGGAACCACAGGCACGAAAAUCAAGACAUCCAAGACAAUGGAAAGAAAAAGUGUAACGUUACCUGUAAAGCGCAUUCUCAACAAGCCCCAGAUAGUCCGCAGCCUGGGCAGCAGCCUUCACACAAACAUGAAUCCCAGCCACGGCGCAGCUGGACGCUCUCUCCUGACCAAAGUGCAGCAGCGCAGCAGGCACAAGCAUCUCUACGACAUCAACCACCAAAUCAGGGCAAAGCCUGAUUUAAACACAACGCUGCCGGUUCGGCAGACAGCAUCCAUCUUCAAACAACCAGUGACCAAGGUAACAAAUCACCCCAACAACAAGGUGAAGACAGACCCGCAGAAGGCCGUGGACCAACCGAAACAACUGUUCUGGGAGAGGAAGUUGAGCGGGUUAAAUGCAUUUGAUAUUGCAGAGGAGCUGGUGAAAACCAUGGAUCUUCCGAAAGGCUUACAAGGUGUUGGGCCUGCGUGUUCAGAUAAAACACUGCUUUCUGCCAUCGCCAGUGCCCUGCACACCAGCCCUGCACCUGUCACCGGACAACUCACAGCUGCAGUGGAGAAAAAUCCCGGAGUCUGGCUCAACACAGCACAACCUCUCUGCAAAGCCUUCGUAGUGACUGAUGAUGACAUCAGGAAGCAGGAGGACCUGGUACAGAAUGUGAGGAGGCGUCUCGAGGAAGCCCUUACAGCUGACAUGUUGGCUCAUAUUGAGGACACCACGGCAGACACGGCAGCCAACAAAGUGGAGAAGGUUGAGCAGGUGGACAAGGAGGAAUUAUAGCCAAGGCUUGUUCAACAUGAAGUUUGUUGGUAGGCUUUCUUUUUCAAAUAAUUGGCUCCAUAAAUGUUUUUAACUUUUAACUGAAAUAGAUUGUAAAGGCAGACAUUCUGCAGAUUGUUGUUAAUCGAAACAGAGAUUGUUUUUUUUUUAUACACAUGUGACAGUGUAAUCCUGUAAGGGUGCUUUGACUUUCAGGUCGUGUUUACAUCUACUAAUGUUUGGCAGUUACGCAUGGUGCUCUAUACAAUGCAAAGUCAGAUUUAACAAAUAGCUGUUUGAGCUUAAAGCUAAAAACACAAACCUUAUGUAUGUGACUGAUAAGUGUGUGUGUCUGAAUGUAUCACUUCAUAUUGAGAACUUCUUUAAGUGUAUUUCUUAUUAAAUGUUCUACCAGAACAUUGUUGCUCUUUUAUAUUUCAUUCUGGCACUGUAGGUAGUUUGUUUAUGUUUGGAAAAAUAGAAAGGCUGCAGUAUGUUUACAUGAAUAUUAAAAUUUAGCUUGUGUGAUUAAGGGGUUUAUAGUUAUUUUUCACAAUGACUUGAGUUUACAUGAAGUUUAAUUCAUGGUAUUUGUAGUGACAAAAUGAUCAGGAUUGUUUUGCCAACUACAUUUGAGUUUAGAUGGGGAAAAAAGUGUGUACCUUCCAGGAAAUACAAAACAAAACAAUAACAACAACAACAACAACCCUGAUGUACCUCAUAACAAGAUGUACUGUAUGUCAUGUACAUGAUUUGUUAUUUGUCUUUGUACCUCUGUGUCUCAAAUAAAUGCAGCUCUUUUAUGACA